CUGUCUGAGAAUGGCGGCGCGCUGUGUUGUGCAGUCCGUAAGGACAGUGCUGAGGUCCGUCCAAAGCGAUUUCAUCAACAAGGGCUUAUUUCAGAGGAUACCACAGUUCUCUUUUUUGGGGAGUGUGCCGUGUCGCGGACUUAGACAUGUGGUGGAGAACAAGGAGGCCAAAACAACAGUUAUUGAGGGUGUUAUAGAGCCUACAUCGGAACUACCACAACCCCCCAAUCCCAAAGCUGCCUGUCCUAUCUACAGAUGGAACCUGCAGAACAAGUACAACUACACCGACGUGCUGUUACUCAGUCAGUUCAUUCGCUCAGAUGGCGGGAUGCUUCCCCGGCGCAUUACAGGCCUCUGUGCUCAGGAACAUAACAAGAUUUCAAUUUGUGUACAGAUGGCCCAUCGGGCAGGUCUCCUACCAGAUCAUAGACCCCGCUUACCUGAAGGCCAUGUUCCAAAACCUAAACCCAACCCACCUCUCAACCGGUAUCUGACACGUUACUCUGUGAAGUCUGUGAAGCCCAUCUUAAAGACAGGGCUGAAGUGGUGUAAGAAGAGAAUGAAUGUCGGACAUCCCGCCCUGAAAAACAAUGUCAGAUACAGCCCCAAACCACUGUACAUAAAGCACUGAUAAACAGAGCUGUUUACCCAAUCGAAACAGUGACUUCCUAUAUGGGACAGAGAGGAUCUAUGGCAAAGGAUUUGCACCUUUUCGUGUUGUUCAUUGCCUCAGCCACAAAAAGACUGUUAAUUGAUGAACCAGAGUGCACUGAAACAUCUUUGUUCAUCCCUCUGAUUUUGGUUACCUUUCCCACUGUCUGAUUUGGAAAGGCAGAUGUGCAAAUGUGCAAAUAAAAUGGUUGUUUACCUCAA